AUGGCAUUUAGGUUAAAUCAGAACAACUUUUUCCACCGGGGUAGUGGUAACGAUUCAUCCAAGUCUUACGGGAAAGGCAGUAACUCAUCAUUUGAACGCUAUCCAACUCGUGAAGAUUCCAAGGAUUCCUCCAAAGAUGAUUCGACCAACAACAAGAGUACGCAACAGCAGAGUAGUGAAAAGCCAAAAGACGAUAAAGGGAGAGAACAUAAUGGUCCUGGUCACCAGAACGGGUCAGUUGACGACAUUACUAAAAUGCUUCUAAAGUAUCAUUCGACACGUUUUAAAGAAUGCAAGAGACUCGCCAACUCUACAGAUACCAACGAAACUGAAUCUAAGGGCUCAGUAAGUCCUGAAGCCAAGACGGAGUCACCUGAAGCCUCACACAAAUCCUACAGGUACAAUUACAGCUACAGGUCUUCAUACUCUCGCGAAAGGACUCACGAUCGUCAUAAAUUCAAAUCUGACCGUUAA